AUGUCGGUCACGGAUAUCUCCCCGGAGAAUGAGAUUCUGAAUUACAUCCAGCAAUUGACCGAAACGAAGAAGGGCCUUCCCUCUGGUCAGCCCGUCUGUGUUUUGGCCUCUCACACCAUCACAGACACCGAGGCCCUCGUACAAUUCGCCGAGGAGGUCGGGCCGCAUAUUGCUAUUCUGAAGGUUCAAGCCGACAUCGUCGACGAUUGGUCAAAUCACACCAUCGACCAACUGACCUACCUAUCCAAGAAGCAUGGCUUCAUACUGUGGGAGGGGAGUAGAGUCUUGAACUCCCUCAUCAAUUUUAUGGGCCGCGACAGCACCAAUUGGGAUCAACGAAAGGUCCAGGCCGAUAUGAUCAAACGGAAUUAUACAAAUGGACCCGUGAAAGUGGGCCGGUGGGCGGGGAUGGCAACUGCAUGGGCCCCUGGGGCCCCCGUCGACAAACAAGAGGAAGACGUCCUCAUUCCUACCCUCCGAAAGGCCGCACGUGAGGCUGUCGCAAGCACAUACAAGACUAUCCAGACGGAGAUUUCGGCCGCAGACAGCGAGGAUGGUCCGGAGGAACACAUAUCGGAGCAAACGCCGACCACAAAUGGCUGGCCCGAAUUCAGUUCAAACAACGGCGUUUCAAUGCGCAAGCAAUCGACCAUUUCUGUCACCGAGACCAUCACUCUGCAACCUCAUGUCCAGCCGGAGGAUGGCGUCCCACCCCCACCAUUACUCGCCCGAGGCUUGGUACUCAGCUUGCCAAAUGCCGGCGGCACUGCGUUCAAACCCGAGUUCCGACAAAGCACGAUAGCUGCCGCAUGUUCGAACCGGGACUUUGUGGUCGGGUUCCUCACCAGCGAGCCGUAUUUCACAGAAUACCAUGGAAACAACGUGAUGGAGCUGGCCUUUUUGGACGAACCACAAGGUGCAAAGGGACGAAACCUGCUUGCGUCUUCACACUUACUGGAAAUGCGAAACUCAUUGGGUCUUUUCUCUCUCAUCUCGGCCGAAAUGGGUGCGAACUUCGACUCCGACCCGGUGCAUAUCCUCAAUAGCGAUCAGGAUGCGCCAGAGGCACAGCCUGAAACUGUUAUGAAACUAAACUAUAUCAUCCGUCAGGCCUUGAGACUUCGUGAUGCCAACCGGAAAGACAAAGAAGUCAACAAAGAGGAAACGAGUAUUCCUCCCGGGCCGAAUAUCGUGCAUUGCCCGAUUGUUAUCCUGCCAUAA